UGUCUCUCUUUCCUCUGUCGCCACGCCGCCAUCAGUCCGCGUGAGUUGUGGGAAUCAUUCUACGGCGAAAAAUCGUGCUAUAGGAUGUUCCACGGCACAUCGAAUGGACUAUUGUAUUGCGUCGAUUAUUAUGACAUGCAACAGAGGAGCGGGCAGUCGUUCGAUUACGCUGUGACACUUGACGAUCCUCCGUCAGACCGCCCUGAUCUCGGACCGAGGAAAUGGUCAGAUCCGGACACAAUGGAAGAUGCGAAAUGGCUUUUGUCCAGGCCUACUCGUCUGCCAACUCCAAAGCGACUACAGCCAAGCACAAUCACCCCCUCAUCCAAGAAGCUCCGGAAGGUCUUUGACACACCUGAGCUUUUUGACAUUAUUCUGAGCCAUAUUGUCGACAUACCUCAAGACAUUAUCAAGAAUGGGCUGCAGAAAAGUAACGAAUUGCAAGGGGGCAAUGGCCGUUGUUCGUGUCAGGGAGUUUUGGAAGCACCCUCUGCCACUGUCGCCUCCAAGACUCUUCUCUCCCUGGCCCAAGUAGACCGCUGGUUCUACAGCGAAAUGAUACACAAACGACAAGAUUGCUUUCUUCGUGCUUUGCGAAACUUUGGCUGGAUGCUACCAUUCACGCCCGCAGACUGGAGCGACAACAGCCGGGCCUCGGAGGUUCACGCCGAUACUUCGCCAUCACAGCUGGCGGAUAUUGACUGGCGACAGUAUAUGCUUACCUGCGUGAAGAAAGAUCUUCCGCACGUCCAGAACCGGUGGAGAUUUCACAGAAUGGCUGUUCAAUUUGAGCGAGGGACGACCAGGUACAGAACAAAAGAACGUCCCGAUUGGUCUUGGAACGCGGGCAAUCUAGGUUUAAUUCCAAGCUUGGAUAGGCCAGAUCCUCAUGAAUGGGAGCUUGAUAUGGCUUGCUAG